GUGGCCCCAUUUAACAAGAGGGAUGCCGGGAGCGUUGGAGAGAUCCUCCAAGCCGCUAGACUUGCCACCUUAAUUAAUUGAAGUCGCCUUCAACUCCUCGUGCAUCAUUCCUAUUAGGCAUCUCAUUUAUUCGUUCUGCUUGCCUUCACCGAGAUCCCUCUCCUAGCUUGGAUAAAUUUAUAAACGGGGCAGAGGGGUGCUACCACCCAUUCCAAAGGACGAGCUAGGAGACCAGAACUCCUCCUCUUCCUUGUCUUCUAAGAAGAGAAAUGGUUGCUCCCCUCUCUUCCUGGCCUUGGAACAACUUGGGUGUGUACAAGUAUCUCCUAUAUGGGCCGCUAGUAGCCAAGGUCAUCUACUCAAGUGCAUGGGAGCAAGGCAAACCAGAUCGAUGGUGCCUCCAUGUACUGGUCCUCUGCGCCCUAAGAGGGCUCGUGCACCAGCUAUGGUGCUCCUUCGGUAACAUGCUCUUCCUCACCCGUAGGCGCCGAGUUCUCGGCGAUGGAGUCGACUUCAGACAGAUUGACAAGGAAUGGGAUUGGGACAACUUCUUAAUCCUUCAAUCAUUCAUUGGAGCCUUGGUUUGCUAUAGCUUUCCUUCCAUCAGAAAACUGCCUCUAUGGGAUCCAAAGGGGGUGUUCAUAGCUUUACUCCUCCAUGUGUGGGUCUCAGAACCCCUGUUCUAUUGGGUGCACAGGGCAUUCCACAGAGGCUACCUCUUCACCCGCUACCAUUCUCUCCAUCACUCCACUCCGGUGCCCCAGUCCUUCACAGCCGGAUUUGCCACACCUCUGGAGCACCUCUUCCUGUGUGUCGUGAUGGGUGCCCCCCUCCUUGGCGCCUGCUCGCUGGGAACUGGCUCUGCUGGCUUGGUCUAUGGCUAUGUCCUGCUCUUUGAUUUCCUAAGGUGCAUGGGCCACAGCAAUGUGGAGGUGCUCCCUCAUGGGCUCUUUCAGGCUCUCCCUGUCCUUAGAUACCUCAUCUACACCCCAACGUACCAUAGCCUCCACCACAUGGAGAAGAACUCCAAUUUUUGCCUUUUUAUGCCUCUUUUUGAUCUCUUGGGAGGGACAAUUAAUGGCAAGUCAUGGGAUUUGCACAAGGAGAUAAACUUAGGUAAGAAUGAUGAAGUUCCUGACUUCGUCUUCCUCGCCCAUGUGGUCGAUGUCUUCUCCUCCCUCCAUGUACCAUUUGUUUUUCGCACCUUCGGGUCGUUGCCAUUCUCCAUGAAGCCCUUCUUGUCAUUGUUGUGGCCUGCUGCAUUCAUCAUAAUGCUGCUAAUGUGGGCUUGGUCCAAAACUUUCCUGAUCUCUUUCUACAAGCUCCGGGGUCGGGUGCACCAAAUCUGGGCUGUCCCUCGGUAUGGGUUCCAGUACUUCCUACCCUUUGCUAGAGAUGGUAUUAAUGACCAGAUUGAGCUCGCCAUUCUGAGGGCUGAUAAAAUGGGUGUGAAGGUCCUUAGCCUUGCAGCAUUGAAUAAGAAUGAAGCUCUCAAUGGUGGCGGAACGUUGUUUGUGAGCAAACACCCAGAUCUUAGAGUGCGAGUCGUCCAUGGUAACACCUUAACAGCGGCCGUCAUCCUCAAUGAGAUUCCCAAAGAUGUAAAAGAGGUCUUCUUGACGGGCGCCACGUCGAAGCUAGGACGGGCAAUUGCAUUAUACCUAUGCCGGAAAAAAAUCCGAGUCUUGAUGCUAACUCUAUCAGCGGAAAGAUUUCAGAAAAUUCAGAAGGAAGCCCCACCAGAGUGCCAACACUAUCUUGUUCAAGUCACAAAAUACCAAGCAGCACAAAAUUGUGAGACAUGGAUCGUCGGUAAGUGGUUAUCACCAUUGGAGCAACGGUGCGCGCCGCCGGGCACCCACUUCCACCAAUUUGUGGUCCCUCCUAUAAUUGGCUUCAGGAGGGACUGCACCUAUGGAAACCUGGCUGCCAUGAGGCUUCCCCAGGAUGUACAAGGAUUAGGAAUGUGUGAGUACACAAUGCAACGAGGUGUGGUUCAUGCGUGCCAUGCGGGAGGCGUGGUGCAUUUCUUGGAAGGGUGGACUCAUCACGAGGUUGGUGCGAUCGACGUGGACCGAAUUGAUGUGGUGUGGAGAGCCGCGCUGAAGCACGGACUAACGCCGGUUUGAUGUGGAACCAUUCAAACCAACCAACCGCACCAACCAGCAUUUAUCAGCCCUUUGUUUCUUCGUAGCAAAUUCAUAGCAAUUUAUGUAAUAAACACGUUAUGGAUGGUGAUUGGUGUUGAAGAAAUCCAAUCGUAUUUUGGCUCGUACCGAAGUGUGAUUUAGUUGAGCAUAGUGAGGUGGUGGAGGCCAAGGAUCAGAGAAAUUAUCAUAUAGACCAAAUCUAGUUAAUAAGUUCAAAACCUAGGACAAAUGUCCGUUAGAUGACAAGCAGCUUUAUUUGAUCUUGAAUUGUUUAAAUACAAAAUGCUAUUGUGGACCA